UAUAGGACCGGCCUUACACCAACAUCCAUUUCUUCUUCUUCUUCUUCCUCUUUCACACCAUCUGCGUUCUCUCUCUACACAGUUUCUUCGUUGCGAUUCAUUGCGAUCGACGGCGAUGUUUGACCUCAAUCUCACCGCCUUUGACUCGACCGGCGAUCGAGACUCGCCGCCGUCGGAGAAGCUCCUGGAGUUCUCCGGCACCUCGAACUCCUCCGUGGUGAAUGCCGAGAGCUCCACAGCCGUCGGCGACGAGGACGAGCACUCCUGCUCAGAUGGCUACGCCUUUGAAAUGCUGAGCGGAGAGGAUGGCGGGAGUGGGAGUCGAGGUGGAUUUGAGACCAUGGACCUGUUUCCGCUGAGCGGGGGGGAGGCGGGGCUUUUUCCGCAGCAACAGCGCCAUUGGUCGAAUCUCUCGCCCAAUUACGGCCUGGUCACGGAUCCGAGGAUUAUGAUUUUGCCGCAACAGAGGCCGCUGGUGAAGAAGAGUAGAAGAGGACCGAGGUCGCGGAGCUCUCAGUACCGUGGAGUCACAUUCUACAGGAGAACGGGACGGUGGGAGUCCCACAUUUGGGACUGCGGGAAACAAGUUUACUUGGGAGGAUUUGAUACUGCACAUGCUGCUGCUAGGGCAUAUGACCGUGCUGCAAUUAAAUUUCGUGGACUCGAUGCUGAUAUCAAUUUCAAUGUCAGCGAUUAUGAAGAAGAUCUCCAGCAGAUGAAGAAUUUCACUAAGGAAGAGUUUGUGCAAAUACUCCGCCGUCAGAGCACUGGGUUUUCUAGAGGGAGUUCAAGGUAUAGAGGAGUUACAUUGCACAAAUGCGGGCGAUGGGAGGCUAGAAUGGGGCAAUUCCUUGGCAAGAAGUACAUCUACCUUGGAUUAUUUGACACUGAGAUUGAAGCUGCAAGGGCAUAUGAUAAGGCUGCCAUAAAAUUGAACGGGAGGGAGGCAGUGACUAAUUUCGAUCUAAGCUCAUAUGAAGGAGAGAUGAGCUCUGAAAUUGAAAAUGGAGGUUUCAGUCAAGAUCUGGAUUUGCAUUUGGGCAUUGCUCCUACUACUUGUGUGGAUGGCAUGGGGGCCUCACACUCACAAUGUGGUUUAGCCAGUCUGAAACAUAUGGGAGUUGGGGCCUCUCCAUCAACGCGUCCUGAGCAUCUGCCACUCUCCAAUGCAACCAACACUCAUUUCUAUCCCAUUUAUAGGGGAACAACUAUAGAGAAGGGCAGGGAAAAUGUUUCCUCACCAAACUGGGCACAAACCCAUGGUAGGACUCUUCCUCCUCCAACUCCUCCAGCAGCACUUUACUCUACUGCAGCAUCAUCAGGAUUCGCUAGUUCAAACUACACCAAUACUUGUUUUGCCACUCCCCGGUUAACUCAGUUCCCCGGGGGAGUGCCAUCCUACCACCACGCUUCCCCAUCACCGAUCCCAAUCCACUCUUUUGGUGCCCGACCCGAAGCAGGUUGCCAACUAGGACCCAAUUCUUUCCUCUAUGCUUGAAAGUAUAUUCGGCUCUGGUUUCUCAUGGAUGAUGAACACAGGAGGUCAUUGGAUGCACAAUCCAUUUUUGGAAGACUUUCAUUGUUAGUCAAAAUUAUUAGAGUUGUAUCCAGAUGCAAUGCUUGCUUGUAAUGUGUCCAAAUUCUCAUGCCCUGCCUGCUUUUUUGCUUUUG